UGACUGACUGACUGUGCUUAUAGAAACAAUUUGGUCAAUCAUCCAUCCAUCCAUCCAAAUCCAUUCCAGGUUUAUAUAAAAAAAAGAAAGAAAUAAAGAUACCUUUCUUUUUUCUGUUGAAGAAGCCACCGACGAACCUUAGAGAAACUUCUCGACAUCUCUAUCUAUCUCCCAUCUUUCCAAUUAUAGACACCCACCCACUCUCAUGUUAUAAAUUUCUCCUCCAUCUCAUAACCCUCAAUCCCUCUAAGCAAACAUAUUUUUCUCUCACGCAUUUCAUCAAACACUUUACAUUUCAGAAAAAAAAAAUGGCCGACGAAAGUGCAGUCGUCACUAUUUACAACAACAACGCCAUAUCUGAUCCGAACAACACAAAGAAGACAACUUUCUCUGUUAAAGUUGGCCUAGCACAAACGCUCCGCGGCGGAGCAAUUGUGCAGGUCACCAACGUUGACCAAGCCAAAGUAGCUGAGUCAGCUGGUGCUUGUUGCAUCAUGGUAUCCGACCAACUAAAUUCCUCCGGAUCGAGAUCCGGUGGGAUUUCCAGAAUGCUUGAUCCGGCUGUUAUCAAGCAAAUCCAACGCUCUGUUGGAGUCCCUGUGAUGGCCAAAACCCGAGUGGGGCAUUUUGUUGAGGCCCAGAUACUGGAAACAGUUGGUGUUGAUUAUAUCGAUGAGAACGAGACAAUUGCGGUUGCUGACGAGGAUAAUUUCAUUAACAAACAUAAUUUUCGGGUUCCGUUUGUUUGCGGGUGUUCAGAUUUAGGGGAAGGGUUGAGACGGGUGAGGGAAGGGGCGGCGAUGAUUCGGAUACAAGGGGAUGGAUCUGGAACUGGUGACAUUGUGGAUACAGUGAGAAAUGUGAGGAAUGUGAUGGGGGAAAUUAGAAUGUUGACAAAUAUGGAUGAAGACGAGGUUUUCGCCUUUGCUAAACAGAUAUCCGCGCCUUACGAUAUCUUGGCGCAGACGAAACAAAUGGGGCGGCUUCCAGUGGUGCAUUUUGCUUCUGGAGGGAUCGUGACACCUGCAGAUGCAGCAUUGAUGAUGCAGCUAGGUUGUGAUGGGGUGUUUGUGGGAUCUGAGGUGUUUGAGUGUCGUGAUCCGUAUAAACGUGUGAGGGCGAUUGUGCAGGCGGUUAGAAACUAUAAUGAUGCGCGUAUUUUGGCUAAGGUGAGUUCCGGGUUUAAUGUUGGAGGUGCAAAUGAGUCGGAGUUGAAUGAUGCUAUGGCUGGGAUUAAUCUUGAUGGGAGUAACGGAAGUGGUUACUGAAUUUCAUUAUGUUCUAUGGUUUUUUAUUACAUAUGAAAAAAAAAGGGGUACAAUGAGAAACUUGUGUUUUGAACAUGUAUUUUGAUAUAAAGAGGGUCAAUGAUAAUAAAAUCUCUAAUUUGGAGAUGUUAAAUUGA